AUAUAUGUCACUCAAACAGAAUCAGACUGAAAACAAACUCUUCCAAGAUUAGCUUUAUUAAUUUGUAACGUGUCUCAGUCGAGCGUAAUAUUUACAGGCAGCAGGAUACAAUCUCAUAACACUUUAGAUAUUGAUAACAAAAAAGCAAAAGUGACGGUGAACGAACGUCACCGCUUGUGACAUUGAAUCGAGCCAAGCGCAGUACAAGGAAGUGACGUCCGGGGCGGGAGAUUCGAGAGAGGCGCGAAUGAAGUCUGGAGUCGGUGUCCGAAUUUGGUGUUAAAUAUGGAUAAAAAGAUCAUUUCUUUGGCAGCUGAGGAGAAAUUAGAAGGACUUCAGCGGUACCUUCAAAGUGUUAAAGAUAAUGAGCUAAUCGAUAACAUUACAAAACAUGCAGUUAAAGGAAAAGACUGUGGGACACUUCUGCGAGCUAUUUUCAAAGGUUCCCCAUGCUCUCAGGAUGCAGCUGUUCGUAGGAGACUUGUGGUAUAUAAACACUGCAUACAACUUGUUGAGUCUGGCGAUUUACAUAGAGAUGUUGCUUCAGAAAUUGUUGGAUUGUUAAUGCUGGAGACUAAUCAGCUGCCAGGAACGUUGCUUAUCGAACUGGCUAACUUGUUUGUUGAUGCUGUUAAAGGUGGUACUUUGUCAAAUGGAAAAUCUCUGGAGUUGUUUCCCACUGUACUUACCGCCCUUUCUACAAAGGAGAGUUUAGCCUAUGGUAAAGGUGAACUCACUGGAGAAGAAUAUAAGAAGCAGCUUAUAAAUAGCUUGUGCUCGAGUAGGUGGGAUCCACAGUGUGUAAUUUACCUUACAUCUAUGUUUAGAGAUGUACCUUUAAGUACAGAAGAACUGCAGUUUGUAGUAGAAAAGGUCUUACGGAUGUUUUCUAAGUUAGACCUCCAGGAAAUGCCACCAUUGGUUUAUCAACUACUGCUUCUUUCUGCUAAAGGAAGCAAAAAAAGCAUCUUGGAUGGAAUUAUCAAUUAUUUUAACAAUCUGGAUCAAAGACAAACCGGGGAGCAGGAGAAUUCAGAGUCGUUAGAUUUAGAAGAUGCAAGCAUCCCACAAGACCAACUUCGCCAUGUGGAAGGCACCAUUAUCUUGCAUAUUGUCUUUGCAAUCAAAUUGGAUCAAGACUUAGGGAGAGAACUAAUGAAGUAUCUAAAGUCUGGUCAACAGGGGGACACAAGUAGGAUUCUCUGUUCGUUCAGUGUUGCACUUUUACUGUCUGUUUCAAGAAUACACAGGUUUGAGGAACAGGUAUUUGACUUCCUGAAAACUACAAUACUGAAAAGUUUUAAAGACUUUCAAUUUCAGCAAGGAUCUAAAUUCCUUCAAGACUUAGUUCCUCAACCAAGCUGCAUCUCUUCAAUGCUUCAGAAAACUGUGAAAAACAGUGUCUAUGGCUGGGAUCAUGUCACCCAAGGCCUAGUGGAACUUGGUUUUAUUUUAAUGGAUUCAUUUGGGCCUAGGGCAGUUUGUGGUUCAAAAGUAACUGAAUCAACAGCAGGACCUUCAAGAACACCUGGGCAGCAUGCAUGCCAGCUUGGUGCUAAAAUAUUACUUGAAACAUUUAAGGUCCAUGAGCCUAUAAGAAGUGAGAUUUUGGAGCAAGUCUUGAAUAGAGUUAUUACAAAAGCAGCUAAUCCAAUUAGUCACUUUAUAGAUUUGCUAUCAGACAUUGUUGUUUCUGCUCCACUGAUCCUUCAGAAUUCAUCUUCUAAAGUAACAGAAGCAUUUGACCACUUAUGCUUUCUACCUCUCGCCACAGUACAGGGUCUGCUUAAAGCAGUGCAGCCACUUUUAAAGAUCAGUAUGUCAAUAAGGGAUUCCCUCAUUCUUGUACUAAGAAAAGCAAUGUUUUCAAGUCAAAUCGAUGCUCGCAAGUCUGCUGUUGCUGGUUUUCUGCUCCUAUUAAAGAAUUUCAAAGUCUUAGGGAGUUUGUCAUCCUCCCAGUGCAGCCAGGCAAUUGGGGCUAGUCAGGUUCAGGUGGAUGUCCAUAUGAGAUAUAAUUCUGCAGCUAAUGAAGCCUUUUGCUUGGAAAUACUGGGCAGCCUGAGACGAUGCUUGAGCCAGCAAGCAGAUGUGAGACUUAUGCUUUAUGAGGGAUUUUAUGAUGUUGUUCGGCGUAAUUCUCAGCUGGCUAGUUCUGUCAUGCAGACUUUGUUGUCACAGCUGAAAAGAUACUAUGAACCAGAGCCUGACCUGUUGCCACCGUUGAAACUAGAGGGAUGCAUCACAGCUCAUGGAGAGCAGAUCUUUCUCCAAGAACCUCUGAAAAUUCCAAAAUUCACAAUAAAAUCUGCUAUUUGGUUUUCCAGAGACAGCACUCAAAGUCAUGAGGAAAGUCUUUCUGUUCUUCGUGCUAGCAUUGAUUUUAUGCGCUACUCAGUCUGUGUUGCAGUACAAAAAAUUCAACAGCUUGAGGAAACUGGAGUCACAGAUGGACCUGAUGGGCAGAACAGUGAGAAAAUGUUCCAAACUAUCUGCAAGAUAACAAGGGUACUUAUGUGGAGGUAUACAUCAAUUCCAACAACUGCCGAAGAGUCUGGGAAAAAGGACAAAGGAAAGAACAUUUCUUUACUCUGCCUAGAGGGUUUACUACGGAUAUUCAACACUAUUCAACAACGCUAUCAAGCAAAUAUUCCACAAUUUCUUGCUUCUUUGGAUACACUUGAGGAUGAUGUGGAGGAAGGGCAUAAGGAAGUCAAUGUUACAGAGAAAGCAACUUUCCAGAUCAAGCAAUUUCAAGAUAUAGAAGUGGAGAAGCAAUCACAUUUUGCCAUUGUUAAUCAGAAGACUGCAGCUCCUACUGUCACACUUUUGGUUUUAGGUCAAAUGGCAAAGGUGCUUGAGGAGGUUGAUUGGUUAAUUACAAAACUAAAAGGGCAAAUUGGAUUAGAGAAAACAUCUGAUUCCACUCAAUCUACAAACCCUAGAGAACCGAUAGAAAAGGCUAUCAUUCUUCAACUAGGCACAUUACUGACUGCAUGUCAUGAGUUGGUACAGACAGCCUUACCUCCUGGAAGUUGUACUGAUACCCAGCUGAAGGAGCUUGCAAAGAUGUAUACCAUCUUAACCUCAGUCAUCAAAUAUUAUUUGCAGGUUUACAGUAAUCAGUCAGGCCAGAUUCCUGCUCGCUUGGAAAAACUGGUUAAACUCUCUGGUUCUCAUCUUACCCCACAGUGCUAUGCAUUUAUCACUUACGUGCAGAACAUUCAAAAUGAGAGUUUAAAUAUGGCAGGAGAAAAGAAGAAAAAGAAAGGAGGAGAAGAAGCUGCUACACUUGCUACGGCAAAAGUUCUCCGUGAAACCAAGCCGAUUCCCAACUUAAUUUUUGCUAUUGAACAGUAUGAAAAAUUCCUCAUUCACUUAUCUAAAAAAUCUAAGGUCAACUUGAUGCAGUAUAUGAAGCUGAGCACAUCAAGAGACUUCAGGAUCAAUGCAGCUACACUAGAUGCAGCAUUGGAAGAAAAGGAGUCUGAUGAGGAAAAUGAACCAGAUAAUGAGCAGUCUACUGCAGACCAUGAAAGCCAGGAACCAAAAAAGAAGAAAAGAAGAAAGUAAUUUUUACAUAUUCCAGUUCAUUGCAAAGACCAAAGAAAAUGUACCUGAAUACAAAACACAGAAAGCAAAUCAAUUAUUUUCAGCAAUUUCAUCUUUUAAUCUUUAUUGAUACAUUUUUGUGUUUCUGACAAUCUCUUAGCAGAUAUUUUGACCAUAACUUUUCUUAUGAAGUACUAAAUCAAAUAAGAUUGAAAAACAUUGAUAAAAACAACAAAUUCCAUUAAGAAAAUAAAAUAAAAAUUAAAUAAUUACAAUUGAGCUCCACAGGAGUCAGACAGCGACAGCAUCAGCAGCCAUGAAGGAAUAGUUUUAUCUCACUUUUAAUAAUAUGCCUUUUGUUUUUUUAAUUAAUUGAUAGAUAUCCAAUGCUUCACCUAGUAAGAUAAAACAAAAAGUACAUCAUUUUCUAAGGAGAGAUCUUAAUAAUUAAUAAUUUUAGUAUCAAUCACUUCAGUUUUAAGCAUUAUUAUAGGCCACAUCUCUAGUCAGCAGGUUAAAAUACAGAAGUAUAUUUGUCUUACAACAAUGCAGUUGCUAAUGUUAAAUUGUCUGAACUUUAGAAAUCAGUAAUGCAUAUGUGUUACAGUAAAAACUAAAACUGUUAAAAUCAGUUGUCUGUACUGAGGAAUAUGUUACCAAAGUGAUACUUUCCAAUCUUAACAAAUUUCAGUUUUUACAUUUUUUGAACAGUUAAGUUUGGAUGUGUUUAAUACUUUACAUGAAAUCUUUUUUUUUUUUUUUUUUAAACAUGUGUAUAGAUAAACUUAAGUAUUUUUUUUGUGUUAAAGUGGAAAUACUUAUCUGUACAUUUGCACAAUAAAUAUAUGGUUAAUGUGUUAGAUCAUAUUCUAUCAACAUUUGCUCAAUUUCCUAUAUCUUUAUCAUUGAUAUAUUUAAAUGCUCAAAUACUUGUUUACCUGUACUAAUGGUUAAAGAGAAUUUUUGCAAGUGUAGUUCUAAAGAAUAAAACUGAUAAUGGUUCUAUCAAUAUAUAAA